AUGGAAAAUGGUGAUAGUACAGAUAAUACUAUCUCUCAACUAAAUGCUUUUAAAAUAAAGUUAAAUGAAGCUAAUAUUCAAAACACAAUUAUAAUUAAAAAAAUAAUUCAAAAGUCAUUUCAUAGAUUUAAUUAUUUAUCAGAAAUUCGAAAUGAAGCAUUAGAGCCAUUGUACAACUUAAAAUGGAACGCAAUUGAUACGAGAAUUAUAUUUUUAAAUGAUAUUUAUUAUAAAGUAUCAGAUGUUAUCAAUUUAAUCAAUACAAAUAGUAUGGAGUAUGACUUUGCUUGUGGAGUUGACUUCUAUUAUGCUUUUUAUGAUGUGUUGGUGUCUAGAGAUUUCAACAAGAGCAAUUUGAUGAAUUAUUAUCCAUAUUUUAAGAAUCCAGUCGAUCAAAAAUUAGUACGAAAUGGAUUGCCAGUUCGUGUAUUUAGUGGAUGGAAUGGAAUGGUUAUAAUGAAAGCUGCUCCAUUUAUAAAUCAUAACGUAUUUUUUCGACAAAAUCAACUAGAUGAAACUAUGGAAUCAGAAUGUUAUUUUAUAUGUAAAGAUUUUUGGAAAUUAGGGUUCAAUCGCAUUUAUAUUAAUCCAAAUGUCAAAGUAGCUUAUUCACCUAUAUUUUAUUAUCUUCACAAAUAUUGUAUGGGACCUGUUAAUAUUUUUACGGAUUGGUAUUACUGGUUAAUAGAAGAUUAA